ACAAGUGCUUCAGGAUCUGCUUCUUAAUGAGUCCCGCCAUCACUCACGGUCCUUCAGGAAGACAUUAACGAACCGCUGCCAUAUCAGACAAUCCUGUGCGGAUGUGGCAUCAGGCGGACUCUCCUUCAUGCACCCCCUCACUGCCGAGCUUCUUCCAUUACUGUCAUCGAUGGACACUGGAUCAGAGCGAGGUCUGCGGGGCAAAGCGCGGCGCCGACCAGACCGAGAUCUGCGGGGCAAAGCGCGGCGCCGACCAGACCGAGAUCUGCGGGGCAAAGCGCGGCGCCGACCAGACCGAGAUCUGCGGGGCAAAGCGCGGCGCCGACCAGACCGAAUCUGCGGGGCAAAGCGCGGCGCCCACCAGAGACCGGUCUACGGUUUGAAAACAAAGAUCAGCUUCAUUCGCAUGCGGGGUGUCGUCGAUACCAAUUUCCUAGCCGCAGCCGCUGCAGUUUUUGGCUGGUAUGUCCACAGCCUCUCGGAGCAGAUCAACCAUUUGCACCAAAGGAACGAAGAGACAUCCCUUCGGAGCGACGACCUGGCGAAGAAGACGGAAACUCUUCUUCAGGAGGUGGAAUCAACAAAAGUCAUGAUGAACAAACUGGAAUCAGUGCUGCGUGGCAAUCAGCAGGAAAUGCAAAAAAACAACAAUGCAGUCAUGAAGGUUGAAAGCAAGACAAACCAAAUUGGUGAAACUCUACAAAAACUACAGACUGAAAUACUGCAAGAUCUCUCUGACGGCAUCCAAGAUGUACGUGAUGCAAGGGAAAGGGACUUCACUUCUCUUGAGAAAACAGUAGAAGAAAGAUUAACAGAGUUAACCAAAUCAAUCCACGAUAACAUCGCUGUUUUUACAGAGCUUCAGAGGAAGAGUCAGAAUGAUAUUGACGCAAUUAAAUCAAAGAUUGAGUCAUUAGAAUUAGCAGUUGAGACAAAGAGUCAAGAAACUACAUCUUUAGUCGAUAAAUAUAACCGGUUGGAGAGUACAUUACAGUCACAGCAGUCUGCAUAUGGUACACUGAAGGAAUCAGUCUCCAAAACAGAAAACAUUCUCAAUGGUAUAUCUGAAGAGAUUCAGCAAAAUAAGCAGGAUUUACAGGAAGCAAAGAAGGAGUUGAAUGAGCAAAUAAAGACAAUGAUUUCAGAAGCAAGUAAUGCUAUAGAGACUGCAGAGAAGAACAAUGAAAAGUUUGAAUCCCGGUUAAUCACCACAGAAGAGAACAUUAUGGCUUUGAACACAGCUGCUACACACCUGUCAGAAAAAAUAGAGUACUACAAUUUUGAUUCAAUGCAGGGCAGCGUGAAGAGUGUUCUUCAGUCUCAUGAGUCACUCAGCAGUGACCUCCAGGCACUAAAAUCAAACCUGGAAGAUGUGCAAAGUCUGGAAACUGAUAGAGCACUUAACCUUCAAAGUGAAAUGCAAGCUCUUGAAUCACAUCAGCAACGGCAGUCUGAGGAAAUUCAAUCCGUAUAUAAUGAGAGGCUAAAGCAGCUGGAACAAAAUGUGGAUGGAAUUGGUGAAGAAACUAGGAGAAUGGCAGCUGUGCUGAACUCAGUGGAAGACAAUGUGCAGUCUGAGUUCCAUGAGAAAUUAUCAUCAUUGGAAACAUCCAUGGAUGAACUGAGGUCUUCAAUCAAUGAAGUCAAGAAUGACCUGGAGGUUUUAGGGGCCUCUGUUGAGAGCCUGCUCACAGAAUCUGAAAACACUAAUACAGCUAAGGAUGAAUUGUCAUCCCUAAAGCUGACUCUGAAUGAGUUACAAUCUGAUGUUGAUAAACUAUCAGUGUCGUUAAGCAGCUUACGAUAAGCCACCAGGGAGGCAAUUUUAAUAAAACUCAGCCCUUGAGAAAAUGGAAAGUAAAGAGAUUUGUGUUAGAAAGUUUUUAUAAUGAAAUACAAACUUACAUAAUGUACUGCUGCAUUUUGCAAUUAAAUAAUAACUUUGAAAAUAACCUUAGUUAAUGCUAGUUUGCUUCUCAACUGAAAACCAGUGAAACCAAUCUUUAAACAGUAAUGACUGCUCUUCCAAAUAAACACAUUGUCCUUUGCAUCCUUCACUGUAAAAACUCACGGAUUACAGAUGCAGACUCUGUGCAGGUAUAGCAAAUACAAACUUUCUGAAAUAUCACUCAUCACAAAUUAAAGUG